AUGGAUCAACACAAAAAUAUUUUAGAAAUUUGUGGGAAGAAUGAUAUAUCUAAGGAAGAGACGAAAGAACACGCUAAUGUAUUAUUAGGAUGCGCAAAAACAGAAAAAGAGGAAAAGAAUUUGGUAGAUGAUAAAAUAUAUAAUGAAAAAAGCAAUCUUAUUAAUAUAAUAAACAAUAAAAAUGAUAUAAUGAAAACAACAGAUGUAAAAAAUGACAAAACGUUAAAGGAUGAUACAAUAGAAAGAAUUAAUCAGAAGGUCGUGAAAACCAAAAAGAAUCAUUUAAUAAAUGAAGAAGAAAAAAAUAUACAUGAAGAUAUAAAUCAAAAUGGUAAUAAAAGUAAACCUGACGAUAAUAAAAGUAAACCUGACGAUAAUAAAAGUAAACCUGACGAUAAUAAAAGUAAACCUGACGAUAAUAAAAGUAAACCUGACGAUAAUAAAAGUAAUCCUGACGAUAAUAAAAGUAAACCUGACGAUAAUAAAAGUAAUCCUAACGAUAAUAAAAGUAAACCUGACGAUAAUAAAAAUAAACCUAACGAUAAUAAAAAUAAACCUGACGAUAAUAAAAGCAAACCUGACGAUAAUAAAAGCAAACCUGACGAUAAUAAAAGUAAACCUAACGAUAAUAAAAGUAAACCUAACGAUAAUAAAAGUAAACCUGACGAUAAUAAAAGUAAUCCUAACGAUAAUAAAUGCAUUAUGAAUGACAACAAAACAAAUGGAGAUAUUAAAAAAAAUAAAAUUGAUAAUGUUUUUAUAAACCGUUGCAGUAAUAAUUCUUAUGUAAGGGUUAUAAAUAGAACAAAUAGAAUUUAUAAUUAUGUGGAGAAUAUGAUACGACAAAAAAAACAUUUUAUGGUUAAAUAUAAAAAUUAUUAUAUUCAUUAUGCAGAAAAGGUUAUGAAUAUAAAAGAAAUAAAAAGAAAAUAUGAAGAGAACUAUCAUUUUGCCAAGUCAUAUUUGUGUCAUGAUGAUUUAUUAAACAUUAAAAAGGAUACAAUAAUGUUUGUGAAGAAACAUAGGGAAUUAAAUUAUAGAAAUACAAAUCUGUGUGAACAUAAAAAUAAAAAUGAUAAUAAAAUAUUCAAUGAAAUCAAUGGCUUACGUUCUAUUUUAAGUGAGGACAAAACAAACAUGGAAAUAAAAGAUGAUGAAUAUUAUAAAAUAAUUGAACAAACCAACCAUCAGUGUUUUAAGGAUAAAGAAAAUGUAAAUCCUGUGGAUAUAAUGAAUAUACAUAAAGAUACAUAUAAUGAUAAUGCUACAAAUAUAAAUAAGGAAGAUGAUAAUAACUAUUUAGAUAUGGAUCAUAUACAUAUGAAGGAGAUGAAUUCUAACGUAGGUCUUAGUUAUAUAUAUUAUUAUAUGAAUAAUAAUGAUAUGUUUAGUAAAAAUGUUUAUAAAAUAUAUAUAAUGAAAAGUGAAGGAAAUUACACACGUCAUAUGAAUAAGGAUAUUGAUGAACAGAGAUGUAUAUAUAAUACUUGUAGUAAAAAUAAUAUCUACUCUAUAAAUCAUUACAGCGGUGAUAUAAAUAUAUGCUUAGGUAAUAAUGUAAAGGGGGAGGAUCAUACCUUUGUUAAUAUGCCGUAUGAUAAAAAAAAAUGGAAUGAAAUAAGGAAGAGUACAAAUAAUAAUUAUAAUAAUAUAAAUAGAGAUAAAAGAAAUACACAUCGUUCUCUUAAAAAUGUACGAAUAAUAAAUAUAAAACAUAAAAAUAUAUCAUAUGUUAUAUGUAAGAACUACCUGAAGAAGGGUAAAAAUUAUUAUGAAAGAAGAAUGUUGAAAAAUAUGAAUUUAAAAUAUAAUAUCCUUAAAAUAAAUAAGUAUAUCCUUUCUUGUAACAAUAUUUAUAAAUAUGCAAAAAUGAAAUAUAUACUUCAAAGUGUUUUUAAUAAAAUAUUAACAAAUAAAAAUAUAAUGGAUUAUAACAAAAUAAAUACAAUUAUAGGAAAAGAAAAGGAAAAAGAAAAAGACAACAACAUCAAACACAACACCAAACACAACAGCAAACACAAAAACAACAACAAUAAUAAUAAUAAUAAUAAGGAGAAACCUAAUGAUGAUAUUAAUAUUGUCAAGAUGAAGAAGAAAAGGACAUACAUAUUUUUUAUUAAUAAAACAUAUAAACUUUUUAUACAUAAUUAUAAAAAUAUAUCUUUCAAGUUUGAAAAUUUAAUGAGAAAACAUUUUGUUGCUAAAUAUGAUUAUAUAUUUAAGAAAUUAUCUUAUUAUAUUACAUUAAAAAAAGAAAUAGAUUUAUGUAAAUUGUAUAUGUAUGAUAUGAAUGCUUUAGAGAUACUAGAUAAGAAUCUAGAUAUACAUAUAAAGGAAAAUAAACUAAUACAAAAUUUACAUUGUACUAUUAAUUUGAGAGAAAUCGAAAAUAUAAAAAGACAACUUUUUCAUUUAGAAUAUUCAAAAAUUCAUAGUAGAUUAUUUAAAUCAUUACAUGAAUGGGAAACAAAUAAAUAUAUAUUUUUAAAUCAAAAAAAAAAAGAAAAUACACAAAAUGAUCAUAUUUCGAGAUUGGAAGUAUUGAUAAAUCAAUCCAUAAAAAUUGAGGAACAGAUGGAUAUUCACAAAUAUAUGUACACACACAAAUAUACUCAUUAUGAAAUAUACAAAUCAAUGUUUGCAUAUGGAAAAAUUGCACAGAUGAGAAAUAAUCUGGAAAUAAUGAAAUGCAGAAUAAGCAUCGAACAAAUCGAAAAUGAACUAGAAAAAAAAAAAAUUCAGCGAGAAAUUAUGUUUAUUGAGGAACAGAAGGAAAAAAUGAAAGAGGAAAAAAUAUUUAUUGAGGAAGAGAAGAAAAAAAUAAAAGACCAAAAAAUAUAUAUUGACGAGGAAAACAAAAAAAUGAAUACAGAAAGACUAAUAAUUGAUUUGGAACAAAUAAAUCAUGAGCAAACAAAAAAAAAUAUUACUAAUGAAAAAAUGGAGCUUGAAAAAGAAAUCAAAAAUUUUAGUAAUGAAAAAAUUACGAUUGAGAAAGAAAAACAAAAUAUUAGUAAUGACAAAAUUACGCUUGAGAAAGAAAUACAAAAUAUUAGAAAUGAAAAAAUGACGCUUGAAAAAGAAAUACAAAAUAUUAGUAAUGACAAAAUUACGAUUGAGAAAGAAAUCAAAAAUUUUAGAAAUGACAAAAUGACGAUUGAGAAAGAAAUCAAAAAUUUUAGAAAUGACAAAAUGACGCUUGAGAAAGAAAUCAAAAAUUUUAGUAAUGACAAAAUUACGCUUGAGAAAGAAAUACAAAAUAUUAGAAAUGAAAAAAUUACGAUUGAGAAAGAAAUACAAAAUAUUAGUAAUGACAAAAUGACGCUUGAAAAAGAAAUCAAAAAUUUUAGAAAUGACAAAAUGACGCUUGAGAAAGAAAUCAAAAAUUUUAGUAAUGACAAAAUUACGCUUGAGAAAGAAAUACAAAAUAUUAGAAAUGAAAAAAUUACGAUUGAGAAAGAAAUACAAAAUAUUAGUAAUGACAAAAUGACGCUUGAAAAAGAAAUCCAAAAUAUUAGCAAUGACAAAAUAGUUUUUGAAGAGGAAAAAAAAAAGUUCUUAGAUAACAAGGAAACUAUAACAUACGAAAUAAAAAAAAGCAUAUUGAUCGAUAACUUAUGUGUAAAAGAAAAGCAGAAGUUUCUAAACAUUAAGAAUGAAGAGAUAAAAUUAGAUCUUGAUAAACUGAAUAUUAAAGAUGAAAGAGAAAAACUAGACAAGGAUAAGAUAGAGAUGGAAAAUGAAAAAGAAUCAUUUUGUAAAGAGAAAAAAGCAUAUGAACUGAAGAAAGAAGAUUUAGAAUUAGAUGUUAUAAUUGUCGAUAUACAAAAGAAGAUGAUAAAAGAAAAUUUUGAAAAAAUUGAAGAUGAAAAAAGAGAUUUUCGAAUCGAGAUAUUAAAACCAAUAGAAAGAUUAAAUAGAGUUACAAAUUAUUUAUAUUAUAAGAAGGCAUUAAAAAAAUACAAUAAACAUGGAAAAGAACAAAAUCUGAAAUAUAAUAAAUAUACAAACAAAAAUAAGGAUACAGAGGAAGAAAAUAGUAAUUCGGAUAUAUAUGGUGAUAUGUUUUUAAAAUAUUCUUCCAAUGUAAAUAAAUCUAAUAAAGACACUUCAAAAGAUGUCAUAAAUAAAACAAUUGAAAGAGAUUAUAUGGAGAAACAAAGAAAACAAAUGGAACUUUUAAGUCAAAAAAUUAACAAAGAUAUAAUUAAAUUAAUUAGUGAUAAAGCAAAUGUUAAAUUAAAUGAAGAAGAAAAUGAAAAGGAUAAAAAUAUGAUUAAGAAAUUUAAAGAAGACCUAACCAAAGAUAGAACCAAAUUAGAAAGUGACAUAUUAGAACUAAAAAAAGAAAAAGAAAAACAUGAUAUAGAAAAAAAUAUAAUUUAUAUGGACAAGCAAAAAAUUAUUACAGAUAAGGAAAAUAUAAAUAUACAAAACAAAAAUAUGGAAGCAGAAAGAAACAAUCUGAUGGUGGAAAAGAAAAACCUUGCUAUAUAUAAACAGUCUUUAGAAAGUAAUACAUAUAAGCUUCGAAGAUAUGAAACAUAUAUUGGUUAUUUAAGAAUACGAACACAUAAUGAUAGAAAUGAAUUAGAUUUAAGAAUAAAAGCACUUGAAAAAAAAAUGGAACAAUUCGAAUUUGAAAAGAAAUUAUUAUGUAUAAGUAAAAAAAACCUAGAUAAUGUUAAAAGUACCUUUUCUGAUAACAAUAAAAAAUUUUAUGAACAGAAAUGUUUAUUUGAGCUUGAACAAAAAAAAGUAGAAAAUGAAAAAAAUAAUUUAAUAAAUGAAAAAAAACAAAUAUGUAUGGAUCAAGCAAAAUUAGAAAUACAAAAAAAAGAAUUAUCAUUAGAAAAAUCGAAUUUUCAAAAAAUGAAAAAUAAAAUAAUUAAUGAAAAGCUAACUUUGAAAAAUGAAAAAAUUAAAUUAUCUCUAGAAAUAGGAAAACUCGAAAAUAGGAUAAAUAAAAUUGCCCAUGAUAAGUUCCAAAGUGCUUCAUUUAAUUAUUAUGAGAAGAGUGACGAUAUGAAAAGGGAAAAAAUAAAAAGGGAUAAAAUAAAAAUGGAAAAAAUAAAAAUGGAAAAAAUAAAAAUGGAUAAAAUAAAAGAUGGAAAGGUAAAAAAAAAUGGAAAUAUUAAAAAUGGUAAUGUAGAUAAUGAUAAGCUAAAAAAUGAAAAUUUAAAAAAUGAAAAUUUAAAAAAUGAAAAUUUAAAAAAUGAAAAUAUAAAAUAUGAAAAUUUAAAAUAUGAAAAUUUAAAAAAUGAAAAUAUAAAAUAUGAUGAGGUAAAAAAUGAAAAUAUAAAAUAUGAUGAAGUAAAAAAUAAAAAUAUAAACAAUAAAAAUAUAAAAUAUGAAAAUAUAAACAAUAAAAAUAUAAACAAUAAAAAUAUAAACGAUGAAAAUAUAAACAAUAAAAAUAUAAACGAUGAAAAUAUAAACGAUGAAAAUAUAAACGAUGAAAAUAUAAACGAUGAAAAUAUAAACGAUGAAAAUAUAAACGAUGAAAAUAUAAACGAUGAAAAUAUAAACGAUGAAAAUAUAAACGAUGAAAAUAUAAACGAUGAAAAUAUAAACGAUGAAAAUAUAAACGAUGAAAAUAUAAACGAUGAAAAUAUAAACGAUGAAAAUAUAAAAAACAAAAGUGCCAAUAUAAAAAUAAGUACAUAUAAAAAUUCGGAAGAGCAUCAUAUCGCAAAGGAUAAGGAUUCAAAUUAUGAAGAGAAAAAAAAAAAAAUAAUAAUAAAUAAAAAUAAUGACGAUACAAAUGAUGGUAUAAUAAUGCACAUGCAAGAUAAGUGUACGUAUUUAAAAAAUGAAAGAAAAGGAUUGCAAGAAGAAAAAAAAAAUAUUUCCAACGGAGAAAAUAUAAAGGAAAGUAUUAUAAUAAAUGAGAAUAUAAUAAAAACAAAUACAAAUAUAAAAAUAAAUACAAAUAUAAAAAUAAAAAUAAAUACAAAUUUAAUUACAAAUAUAAAUGAUAAUAUUAAUGAUAAUAUUAAUGACAAUAUAAUAAAUGAUAAUAUUAAUGACAAUAUAAUAAAUGAUAAUAUUAAUGACAAUAUAAUAAAUGAUAAUAUUAAUGACAAUAAAAUAAAUGAUAAUAUUAAUGACAAUAAAAUAAACGACGUUAUUAAUGACAAUAAAAAUACAAACUUAAAAAUCAAUAUUUUCGCGGAUCAUCUAACAUGUCGUAAUCAACAUUUGAAUUAUGCAAAAAGGAGUACAGCAAAAAAUAAAGGAGAUGACGAUUAUCAUUUAUCAAACGAAAGAAAAAAAAAUGAAGAAAAUGAUGUUAAUAAUGAUAUGGAAAGAAAUAAUAAAAUAGAAGAUAAAAGAAAUAUUUUAUAUAAAGAACAAUUUAAUAUAAUUGUAAAAAAUUACAAAGAUUGUAAAGAUAUAUCUAAUUUUGAUAAUCUUCAUGAUUCAGAUAAUAUAAUAUAUAAAAAAAUUAAUAUAAAAACCUUUAUAAAACGAGAUAUAAAUUUAUAUUCAAAAAUGGAAGAAACAAAGAAUUUAAUUUUCCCCAUGGAUAUUAAAAAAAUUUAUGGAAGUUUAUACAAAGUAAAAAAAAAAAAAAAAAUAUAUUUCAAAUUAGGACAUAAAAAAAAAAAUAAAAAAAAUAAUAAUAAAAUCCUUAUAGAUAAUAUCUUACAUAAUUUAAUUAUAUUAUUUUAUGAAUUCUAUUAUUAUAAUCAAAUGGAUAAUUUUAAAAUCGAUUUAGAUUUCUAUCAAGUACAUAAUAGUUUAAUAUGUAUUGUAGAUGAACUCUUUAUUUUGCAUAAUUUGCAAGGAGAAGAAAUUUUUGCAAAAAAAGAGAAAAAAGCAAAAAAAAAUAUAUGCAAACGUAAAGUAAUUAUUAAAGAGGAACAAAAGAUGAAAGGGGAAAAAGAGAAGGAAGAAAAAACGGAGAAGAAGGAAGAAAAAACGGAGAAGAAGGAAAAUAUGACUGAGGAGAAGGAAAAUAUGACUGAGAAGAAGGAAAAUAUGACUGAGAAGAAGGAAAAUAUGACUGAGAAGAAGGAAAAUAUGACUGCGGAGAAGGAAAAUAUGACUGCGGAGAAGGAAAAUAUGACUGCGGAGAAGGAAAAUAUGACUGAGGAGAAGGAAAAUAUGACUGAGGAGAAGGAAAAAAUGACUGAGGAGAAGGAACAAGUGACAGAGAAAGAAAAGGAAAAAAUGACUGAGGAGAAGGAAAAUAUGACUGAGAAGAAGGAAAAUAUGACUGAGGAGAAGGAACAAAUAACUGAGGAGAAGGAACAAAUAACUGAGGAGAAGGAACAAAUGACUGAGGAGAAGGAACAAAUAACUGAGGAGAAGGAACAAAUAACUGAGGAGAAGGAACAAAUAACUGAGGAGAAAGAACAAAUAACUGAGGAGAAAGAACAAAUAACUGAGGAGAAGGAACAAAUAACUGAGGAGAAAGAACAAAUAACUGAGGAGAAGGAACAAAUAACUGAGGAGAAGGAACAAAUAACUGAGGAGAAGGAAAAUAUGACUGAGAAGAAGGAAAAUAUGACUGAUGAGAAGGAACAAAUGAAGGAUCAAUCAUUAACUUUGGACUAUAAAUAUUUGAAUAGAGAUAAGAAUUUAUUAUUUUUAAGUUUUCAUAAUAUGACUAUGAAAUAUAAAUGCGUAGAAAUAAAUUUACAUUUUUAUGAUGAAAACGGGGAACUCAUGACUCCUGAAAUUAUUUCCAACUUAACUAAUAAAUCGAAUAUUACUAAUUUGUUAAAUGGCCACAUGCAAAUUUGUGAAAUCAGUAAUAUGAAUGCGCUUGAAAAAGAUCAAAUUAAUGACAUUGAGAAAAAUGUAGAAAUGGAUGAUAAAGAAGAACUUAUCACAAAUGAGCAAAGUAACAAUGAGUCCUCUCCUAAUAAAAAAAAAAAUAAAAAAAAAAACAAAAAGAAAAAUAAAAAAAAAAAGAAAAAGAAAAAUGUUAGUUGUAAUAAUAGUAGGAGUAGUAGCCAAAAUAAUGAUGAUAAUGAUGAUAAUAAUGAUCAGAACAAUAAUCAUAACAAUAAUCAGAAUGACCAGAACAAUAACCAGGACAAUAACCAGGACAAUAACCAGGACAAUAACCAGGACAAUAACCAGGAUAAUAACCAGGAUAAUAACCAGAACGAUAACCAUAAAAAGGUACUUCCCAAUUUAAAAAAAAAUAAAGGUAAUGAAAAAAUAAAAAAAAAUGAUAUGAUCAACAUGGAACAAAAAAAUGAUAAAGGUAAAAAGAAAAAGAAAAGCGCAUCGACAAAUAAAAAAUGUUCUGAUAAUCUUUUAAAAGAAAAUGAUAAAGAGAAAACUUCUCCUGGAAAAAAAGGUAUGGAUUAUAUUAAAGAAGAUAGAAAAUAUUGUUUUAAUUUAUUGUAUGAAGAACAACCAUACAAAGCUUUGCUUUUAAAAAAUGACAUGGGUAUAAAUUCCUCAGAGGAAUUAGAAAAUGACAGUAAAAAGAAGCAAAAACAAGUAUCAAAUGGUUUAGAAGGAUUAAAAGAAGAGAAGAACGAAAAAAAAAAAAAAAGAGAAGAUAUAGAUGAAGUAGAUAUUUGUCAUUCUGGAGAAUAUAUAAAAGGUUCACCAUAUAUGAAAAAAAAUAGUUCUGGAAAUAAAUUACAAAUGAAUAAUUCUACUCCAUCCAUUACUUCUAAUGGUAAUAAGAAGUCCUUUAUAAAUGAGCAGAAUAACCUGAACAAAUUAAUUAAAAAAAAAGAUGGUGAAAAAAAAAAGAAUUAUAUAAAUGAUACCAAGGUAGAUGUUAAAAAGGGAAAUAAAAAUGGAGAUAAAAAUGGAGAUAAAAAUGGAGAUAAAAAAGAUAUAAAAAGAGAAGUAAUAAUAAAAACAGCAACUAAUGAAAAUAUAAUAUAUGAUUUGUAUGAACAAGAAAAACCUUUAAAUAUUCCAAAGGAAAUAUUGAAUAUAACAGCUUUAUUAUCUUCUCCUAUAUUAACUACUUAUAAUAUAAAACCUAUAUGUCAAGUUAAAUUUAAUUAUGGAUAUAAUAAUACAAAACAAGGAUUAUAUAAUUAUUGUUAUUCAUAUUUAAUAAGAAUUCAUGAAGGUUUUGAUAUUUUUCCGAUGGAAGGUUUUAAGUUUAGAUCUAUUGUAAUUGACGGGGCAAAUGUAUGUGCAAAGGUUAUUAAUGAAAAGAGUUAUAAUUUUUUUGAUAAAAAUUUGACAACGGUAUAUGAUUGUUCUUUAUUAAAUGAGGUCUACUUAUAUUUUAAGAAAAAAAAUGUACACGAUAUUGUAAUAGUUCUGAAUUCUGUCACGAAGAAAGGGAAUGAAUAUUUUCUCAGAAAUAAAAAACUGUUUAACUAUUCAUGUCUAGAAAAUUUAAUUAAAUUGAAUGUUAUACUUAUUAGUAAUGAAAAAUAUUAUCAAAGCGAGAAAUGGGGGGUCAUCAAACAGCGUACGUACGAUGAUGUCGUGAUAUUACAGCUAGCUGCUCAUAAAAAUGGCUGUGUUAUAUCCAAUGAUAAUUAUAACGAUCUGAAAGAAGACGAAUAUUACAGAGAUAUAAAACAUGUCAUUUCUUAUUAUGUCGUGAAACAUAAUUACGAUAAAAAUAAAGGCUUCUAUUUAGACAUUACAAAAAAACCUUUAAAAUUUAUAUUAAAUGCCUUAUUUCAAAAGGUUUAA